UGACUGACUACAAUCUUUUUUUUUUCCUCAACAGGUUUUCAGUCAAAAUGAAACUGGUUCUUCAAAUUGUCCUUCUCUACUGGAGUUUAUUAACUGUAUUUGUCCUGAAAGUGGAGACAGCAAAACUGGACUUAACUUCAGAAUUGAAAAAAAGACUAAACACAUGGACCUUGAACAGGGUGAAAAGGGAUUUGAACAGCUUGCCCAGCUCUGAGCUGAAAGGACUGGACACCAACAAACAGCUGUAUGUCCAACCUGAAGAAGUCAAAGAUUCUCUGACUCCCCAUUCUAGUACUGGUAUUAAUAUCCGUGUGAAGAGGUACAGGAAUUCUGUGAACCACUUCCAGUCCCUGAGAUCAGGAUGCCACCUGGGGACGUGUACAGUGCACGAGCUGGCCCACCGUCUCUACCAGCUCACAGACAGAGACAAGGACAACACUGCCCCGCUGAGCAAAAUCAGCCCCAAGGGUUAUGGGAGGAGAAGGAGAUCAGUGCCAGAACACAAAGUCAUCUUUCAGCUUUUGGGGAGGAAGCUGCAGACAGUUUGGUCCGGGACCAGCAACCGAGUAGGGAAACUGCAAGAAAUCCUCAAACGGACUUGAGGGGAGCGCAGCGCUUAACAAAACUGAAACUCCAACAAAUUCCAAAAUUCUACAGAUGCCUGAGACUCCUGCCAAGUCCAUUCUGUCACAUUUUUUUGUUUUUUGUUUCCAAGGCGGUGGAAAUGUCUUGAGGACUGACUUGUACUGUCAGAAGUGCUUAGCAGACUAGAACCAGGUGGCUGAAACUAACUAGGGCGAAGUUGGGACUUGGCUAUAUGGUGGCAAAGGACACAGUCAUAAUCUAUGCCACUGCCGAGGCCGAGGGCAGCCGCUGCAGAAGGAAUUUCACUGGAGUAGAUUUAUCUACUUUGCAUGGAAGAGUCAGAAAGUAUUGCUGCUUUCCAAAACACAUUAGAAAAAGGAGAAAUGUGCAUCCAAAUUGCCCCUUUGUUUUUGUUUUUUGUUUUUUUUUUAACAAUGAAGGUGGUUAAAUUAGCAGCAUACAGAUGUUGUGAUUAUUCCAAAUCAUCUAUCCAUUUAAGCUAAAAUCUGGUUCUGGUUUCAAACACCAGCAACCAGAUGACCCCCCCCCCCCCCCCCCCCC